AUGGUCGGACUUGGACACGGUGCCGCGGAAGAGGCGCCGCAACAUCCGACGGCAGAUGUACAGAACCCCAGACUCACGGCGGACACGAUCAACAACGCCGUGUCGCUGGAAUAUCAGAUGUAUCGAUAUUAUAUCAAUGACGAUAUAAAAUUACAGAGCGCAAAAUAUAACAAUAGCAGGUAUAAUGUUCAAAUAAAUGCUGGAAUAAUACUCAAGUGCUGUACCAAGAGCCGGUAUACCUGUAACCACGGAUACAUCCGUGAUGACAGUAAUGCACAGCGUCUAUAG